AUGCAUCGCGGUAUCAGCAGCGCUAGUAGAAGCCGGCUUGUACAGGGCUGCAACAACCGCGAGCUAUGGUAUAAAAUGAUGAAGGACGGUCUCGUAUCGAUGACAAGAGAGCGGCAUCACGCGCGAAUAAACGACUGGUGCUACGAAAGUUCGAAAGACAGUGUCAGGAGGUCUCAGAGUCGUUGUGUCGAGCGAGUGCUGCAUCAGAGAAGUCAUCGAAUGAAGGAUCGUCCAAGUUAG